AUGGAGAUGGCAUGGGGAUCUUCACUGUUCACUGACUGACAUGACGCGCGUAAAUCUACAUGUGUGCUGCGCUGUGUGUUGUGUCGUCCUUUGUUUGUUUCCCGGCACGUUUUUUUUUUUUAAAUCGCUUUUAAAGUGUGAAUUUACGUACUCCUUGUUAUUAUUAUUUAUGAGAUCCUUCAGUGCUAACAUACUGCUCCAGGAUCGUCUGGGACGAACAACAAUCGGGGAAGCACCCGGAACAGAAGAACCUCAAGGAACAGGACAGAGACACCCAUGCACAAGCAAGUGUGAAAAACCAGGCUUCAGUUCAGGACCAGGGGUGUUUACUUCUCAUUAAACAAGAUCCAAGCGAUACCUGCGUGUUUGAGUUGUCGAGUCCCAGCCCUAUGGAUCCGCAGCUGCAAGAGAUGCUGCUGGCCCCAAAGUGCAGUGUUCGGCUUUCGAGAGUAAAACUGGAACCUCCUGACGCUGCAUGUCUACACGAACAGGGCCAGAUACAGGAACAGUACUGCAGCGAGUCUCCAUUAAGAAGCGAUAGUUACGGAGUGACAGCUGGGACGUGUGACGUUAAAGAAGAACCUCGAGAGGAAUCUUCAAAGGAACAUGCAAUAGUGGAAGUCAAAACGGAGCCUUAUAACGUUGCAAUCUUGACUGGACCGGACCAUAUAGUACACAGCUGUGAUUCAACAUCAGAAGGCAUGACAGCUGGGAUAUGUGACGUUAAAGAAGACCGUCAAGAGGACACUUCGAAUGAACAUCCAAUCAUAGAAGUCAAGACAGAGCCUUAUGACGUUGCCGUCUUGACAGAACAGGACCAGAUGGGACACAACUGUGGUUCAAGAUCAGAAGCAGCAAGAGAGAGUCCCACUACUCCUCCAUCGGAUGCUCAGAUGGGAGAGACGGGUAUUGGGUGCGACAUCUGUUCCUCUGUUCCUGGGUUCUCAUGGUCUGGGAGUGACGAGAACCACGUGUCGAAGCAUACAGACGAGAAGCCAUGCAAGUCCAAUCUCUGUUCUGCACAGUUCCGGCGGAGCACGAGCCCAUGGUGUCACAAGCGAGCACAUACGGGCAAGAAGCCGCACAAGAGUGAUCUCCGCCUUGCGGAGUUCAGCCAGAUUGCGCACCUGCAGCUGCGGAAACGAGCACACACAGACAAAAACCGAUACAAGUGUGAUGUCUACCCUGCGCAGUUCAGCCAGAGCCGCCACCUACAGUAUCACAGGCGGACACACACGGGUGCUAAGCCAUACAAGUGCGAUGUCUGCCCUGCAGAGUUCAGCCAGAGCGGGAACCUACACCAGCACAAGCGGACACACACGGGCGAGAAGCCAUACAAGUGCGAUGUCUGCCCUGCAGCGUUCAGCAGGAGCGGGAACCUACACCAGCACAAGCGUACACAUACGGGCGAAAAGCCGUACAAGUGCAAUGUCUGCCCUGCACAGUUCAGCACGAGUGUCCAGCUACAGUAUCACAGGCGGACACACACGGGCGAGAAGCCAUACAAGUGCGAUGUCUGCGCAGCAGGGUUCAGCCGGAGUGGGAUCCUACAGCGUCACAGCCGGACACACACGGGUGAGAAGCCAUACAAGUGCGAUGUCUGCCCUGCAGAGUUCAGCCAGAGUGGGAACCUACACCAGCACAAGAGGACACACACGGGCGAGAAGCCAUACAAGUGCGUUGUCUGCGCAGCAGGGUUCAGCCGGAGUGGGAGCCUACAGUAUCACAGGCGGACACACACGGGUGAGAAGCCAUACAAGUGCGAUGUCUGCCCUGCAGAGUUCAGACAGAGCGGGAACCUACACCAGCACAAGCUGACACACACGGGCGAGAAGCCGUACAAGUGCGAUGUCUGCGCUGCACAGUUCAGCACGAGUCUCCAGCUACGGUAUCACAGGCGGACACACACGGGUGCGAAGCCAUACAAGUGCGAUGUCUGCCCUGCAGAGUUCAGCCAGAGCGGGAACCUACACCAGCACAAGUGGACACACACGGGUGAGAAGCCGUACAAGUGCGAUGUCUGCCCUGCACAGUUCAACACGAGUGUCCACCUACAGCAGCACAAGCGUACACAUACGGGCGAAAAGCCAUACAAGUGUGAUGUCUGCCCUGCAGAGUUCAGCCAGAGCGGGAACCUACACCAGCACAAGCAGAUACACACGGGCGAGAAGCCAUACAAGUGCGAUGUCUGCCCUGCAGAGUUCAGCAGGAGCGGGAACCUACAGCAGCACAAGCGUACACAUACGGGCGAAAAGCCAUACAAGUGCGAUGUCUGCCCUGCAGAGUUCAGCCAGAGCGGGAACCUACACCAGCACAAGUGGACACACACACACGGACGGGCGAGGAGCCGUACCAGUGCGAUGUUUAUCCUGCCGAGUUGAGCAAGAGCACGGAGCUGUGGAACCACAAGUGCAGGCACGAGGGCGAGAAGCCAUACAAGCGCGAUGUCUCUCGUGCAGACUUCAGCCAGAACACAAGUACGUCUUUUUAUGAGGGAAAACGCACGUGUAAGAAGCUGUACGAGUGCAGUCCCCUCUCUUGCAAAGUUCAGCCAUGGCAAUGAUCUUGCGGCACUAUGUGCAGGGGAGAAGCCAUACACAAGUGCCAUGUCUACCGUGCAGAGUCCAGCCAGAACACAAAUCUGAACAAUUAUAAAUGCGCACACACGGGCCAGAAGCCAUACAGGUGCGAGUUCUGACCUGCAGGGUCACCCACAGAACGAAUUGCGAUGUCACAAGCAGACACAUAUGACAGAGGAUCCCUACAAGUGGGAUGUGCGUCUUGCAGAGUUCAGCCACAGCGUGGGCCUGUGGCAUCACAAGUAGACAGACAGACAGAUAUGUGAAACUAUACAGAAGUAUUCUCUGUUCUACAAACUUGGCAUAGCAUUCCGCAUGCUGACUCCACUAAUAUAUGUGAAAUGUCGUGCCGCAAUAGAGUUGAAUUGCACAGAAACUUUGAAGAUCCCUUGCUCCCAUUGCACCACGCUUAAAGUUGAAUGGAAUCAAUUACUGCGUAUAGUACCUUCCAAGGGGGAUGUGUUUAUUAAAGAACAGAUGAAGAUAACAAACAACAUAUAUACAUAUUCUGAUGAUGAAGUGGGGAGGUUUUCCAUAGCUAGGGUGUCUAAUAUGAGUGGUGACAAUGAUAAGUGGUGACGAUGAGAGGUGACUGGAAUGAUCGGAGCUGCGGUGGCGAUGCUGAAUGUGAUCGUGAUGGUGGAAAUGUCCAAAUAUAACAAAACAUAGGCUAGACUCAUCAAUAGAUCGUAUUGACAAAUAUAAUCAGGGUGUCGAACCGCAAAAGAUACGGGUUCGGUUAGGGUUCGCGUUGCUUGGAUUUCGUUCCGGUUCAGUUCCGGUUCGGCCACGCCAAAAAUCGAACCGGUUCACAAACCGGUUCGCGAACCGGUUCAACGCUUCCAUUUUAUAUCUCCCAUAAAACUGCUUUUAUCAGGUAAUGCGUGGCUAAUAGCUUACUGCUGUUGUCUGCAUUGACGUUGUUAGUGGUCAGGUACUCCCUUUAGCGAGAGGAAGGAGAAAUGUAUCAACACUUGCACAUAGCGUCCACGCUGAUGAAGUGCUGUAGUCCUGCUACUUUCUGUUCCUAAACCUCACACGCACAGUGCCAGCAAGAUACACUUAAAUGAAGCCUAAUAAGAUGGACAGCAUUCACGGAUGCGCAUAAAUACAUUUUUUUAUUUAAAUAUAAAUACAAAAUACUUUGUUGAAAGGGGUAUUUAAAUACUCUUCAUAAAUAAUUUUCAGUGUGAGUGUUUAAAUACAAAAUAUUAAUACAGUAUUUAAAUACUGUAACUACUAGUACCAUAAAUGCUGUAAGAUGGCGUCUGGAUGGCAUCUGGAAUUACAGAAAUAAUGAUGAUUAUAACAACAAAUCAGCAAGUAACAAUAACAUUUAUUUGUUAGAUUAUCAUGGCGAUUUUAACAUUAUAAAUUUCUCGAAGACUGCAUCUUUUAGGCGUCUCUGUUCGGCCGGACAAUCAGAUUCGCAAUGGAGAACAGCAUCUCCACAGGUGCCGAUGAACAAAGGCUUGUACUAAAUUUGACGAGGAUGCUUCGUACAACAAGGUAAUUGGGUAGUCGCGACCGUUAUCCGCAACAGCAGUGAAAAACUCGUCAUCUAGAAUGGUUGUCGCAUGCGCAUGCUGGCGCAAACACGGCAUAACUGCGCCCGAAACUCGCCCGUCUUCCUGAAAGGUCAAAUGCAGGGCAAUUUUUGGAUAUGAGUCAGUACAUUCUGUAUAUAGGAGUAUUUAUAAAUUAUUUACAAGAAUAAGUACCCAAAACUUGGCAUUUAAAUAUAAUUAUAAAUACAUUUUUCUAGUGUGUAUUUAAAUACAAAAUAUAAAUACAUGUAUUUAUAUUUUAAAUAGUAUUUUAAUUACAAUGUAUUUAAAUACUGCCCAUCCCUGGCAGCAUUUUACAUAGACGACGGUACCUGCCGGCACACUGCAUUCGCAGCGUGAAUCGAUCUGAAACCGUACUGAAGCAUGUGGAAAAUAAGUCUGCCAGCCUUGCUCUGUCCGAGCUCACAGCCGUGUACCAGUUAAUCCACAACGCAAACGCAAUGUGUCACGACACGACUGCACUACCAGUAAGCAGAACCACAUUUACUGUUCAAACCACGACCAAUCAAACAGGCACCGUUCUGCGUACGCUCCUUCUCCACUUCUCAUGUUUCUGACUUGUUUAAUUUUUGGUGCUCACGUGUAAAGGGAAAUGUUGGGCGCUUGCUUAAUCACAUAUUCGUCCUAUAGAGCUACACAACUGGCCUACUCCAUUCAUGCUUCAUUCGUCCGCGUGGCGCCUCCUCUGUGAAGAGCCGACGCCACAGCGCGUGCGUGGGGCGCUAGCCGCGGCGCUCACAGGGACAACUGCGUUUCAACGUGUUAAAAACGACUCUGAAAGCAUACUUAAUAUACGUCCUCGUUUGACUGCUAGCUGAAAAUUUGCUAAAUCCAUGAUUCGUCCCAAUGUCCAACGAGGACACCAAUGUGUCCUCGUUCAGGGAUUGAGAGGCACUUGAACACUUAUGCUGAUUUAUUUUAUGUCCGAACCGUUUUGUUGCGAACCGGUUACCUCUAUUAUUUUUUCCGGUUCUGCUCCGGUUCGGGUUCAACAGUGUCACGAAAAUUGCGGUUCGGGUUCGGUUCCGGCAAAAAGAACGGUUCGGGUACGGUUUUCGGUUCGGGUUCGGUUCGACACCCUGAAUAUAAUAGAAGUCAGCUGGUGCAUGCAACAUCAAAACGGAAGUGUGGUUCUGCCAUACUGUAGCAUGAGCUCGUGAACAAAUUGUACAUGGCCACAUGACCAUGUCAACUACUUAAAAGAAAGUCAACUUACGUUAACAUGAGUACGGAUUUGUCCAGACAGUGCAGCAGUUUAUAUACACACUGUAACUGUUUUCAUGUCUUGAAAGGUGUAAUAACGUGCAGUGCGUAUACCUUUUUCGGUGUAAUUUUGGUAAGAUCAUAAUGGAGCACGGUUUCGCACUAAUUUUCUUUACUCAAAUGUUGCGUGUUUUCCAAAAAUUCAGUCUUGCAAUGUCUCAACAUUGUUGAACAGUAUUGUAGACACGUGCUCGAUUAUCGGUAGCGAUGCACAUAUUUUACAGUGCACUGUUUACAGUGCACUGAGCACACAAGCACGUGGAAGAACAUGCACCCAUAUGUUAGCAGUAGCUAUCGUGCUUUUGCGUUAUUGACAGCUGCCGUGUGACUGCAUUGCUUUUCUGUGCUCAUUUAUUUAGUGUGGAUAUAGACAACAGUAGUAAACUAGCUAAACAAGCACCCGUUGAUAGCUGAUAGCGUGUUUGUUGAUAGCUGUCAUAUGGCCACAGAGUUUGUUCAUGUGCUCAUGUGUUCAGUGUGAAUAUAGCGCUAAACAACAACAAAAAAGUGUCCUUUUUGUGUCUCCUGAAGCUCAAGGCUUUUCUUUCAAACAAAAAUGUAUGCAUGCUGUUCUGCAUCCUUUUGUGAGUAGGAGUGUUAAAAAUUACUCGACGACACUGCAGCUUUACACUGAUGUGAUCUCUGCACUCUUUAUUGUAUGGCUUCAUAUGCUGUAUCGGUAAACCUUAAGAAUGGAAAAACACA